AUUUGUAUAAUUUUUUUUUUUAAAAGACCCCAGACAACAUGCCCGAUCCUCGUUUUCCUUGCCCUUGCCUCAAUCCAAUCGGAGGGUAACAGUGUAUGAGCGGAAAAGUUAUGCUAUUAACGGAAAAAAAAGGAAAGAAAUCACCUCACCACCUGUUCUCUCUCUCUCUCUACUCUCUCUGUGGGCGGCGCUCUUGUCUGCGGUCGGGGUUAGGGUUUCCCUUUCCCGCGGAUUCUCCAGCUCCAUGCAGCAACGGACUUGGGCCGAAUGGAAUUAGAACUAUUGGGCUGGGCCGACCUCAAUUCUUUCGAUCAAGUAACCGACCCUUGCUCCCUUCCCCUUCGCCCACAGCCCCACUCCAGCUCCUCUCUUCCCCGUCGGCGGCUCCUCCCGGUCGGCGGUACUCACCGUCGCCGCCUCUUGCCCGUCUCAGUCAUUCGCCGCCUCCUGGCCAAGGCCGACUCCUGCCCCUCUCCUACUCCUGCCCAUAUAGGUUUUUAGCUCAGCCUCGGAAGAUGACGGAACACGAUGAAGCCACCGGAAUUACAGAAGAUAGCUUUGAACCGGUAUAUACUCGUCGGAAGAGGAAGAAGCAGUCCUGUGCAGACACCAGUGAGUUUGAUGAUCUCGAUGCCGGGGACUCUAGGCUCAUGAAGAGGAUUGAGCUCGCUUUGACGAGGCCGUCGUAUCUCUUGUGUCGAGGAUCGAAGGACGUACGGACGGAGAACUGGCAGAGGUUAUGGUUUCUCCUGCAUCGCCUUGUCAGGCAGCAGAACUGGGCUGAAGCGAGUGGCGUCUUGAGCGUCUUGCUGAAGGCGACGUCUAGGGAUCGCUCUCCUGAUAACAAUCGAAUUAAGUAUUCGGUGCUAAUGGAGAUCCUCGAUCAUGUAGCAGGUGAUAGGUUUAAUUUCACGAGGAUCAAGCACAUCUUUGACGUUUGGAUGAGGAGAAUUGGAUCAAGGAGAAAAUGCUCGAUACAGGAUAGACUUGCAGUUCAUUUGGAGUUCAUCCUCUUCUGCUUAAUCCAUGGAAAUAUUUCUGAAGCACAUCAAGCUUCUAUACCAAUCACCCAAGAAAGUGAAAUGGAGAGCUACCCAAUGGCAAAUGUGGUAGUAGGUCUAGUAAACUAUCAAUUGUGGUAUUCCAGUAUUCCAAAGUCAAUGCAGCGGAUAGAUGUGGAGCAACUUCACUCCACUCUGCAGAUGGUUAUGGUGGAUGAAAGGUUUGGAAGUCUAGCAGGGAACACGGAGGGCCAUACUGCAUUGUACAGUCGCGAGGCUAAUUCCCAUUUUCAAUAUGAUUCUGACUCAUCAGUCAUGAUGGAUAAGAGAUUAUCAAGGCAUUCUCUGAGUGGGAGACUGAGCGAAGAUAUGGGAAAGGUUGAAGAUUUGAAUGAGGAGCCGCAACUGCACAAUGCCCAGUCACAUGGCUUUUAUAUCAACUCUACUGAGAGUGAAGGCUCACUCUCCAAUGAUGCCAAGAAUGCGCAUCGUGCUUCCGUCUUGCCCAAUCUUGGGGCCUUGGAUCCAUGUGUUUUUCCUAUACGAUUGCCACAAAAUAUAGAAGACAUUGAGGAAUUAAUUGAGUUGCACAGAGGGAUUCUUAAUGAUUACUACAAGGAUGCAGUUAAGUAUCUGCAACUUGCUCUCAACUCAUCACCUCCAGGGUCAGAUGCUCUUCUUCCUUUAAUACAGUUGCUCCUGAUUGGUGGUCAAGUUAAUGAGGCGUUCAACGUGCUUGAGAAUGUUUGUGAGAAGUCAGAGACUGCAUUUCCCUUCAGAUUGAGAGCAAUUCUUUUGGAGCAUCUUGACGGUAGAAACUAUGCCCUGCUUUCAUCCGGUUAUGAGCAUAUAUUGAAGAAGGAUCCAACUUGUCGCCACUCAAUCUCAAGACUUGUCAGCAUGCAUCAACUUGGAAAAUAUAGUGUUGAAUCCCUGGUGGAAAUGAUAGCUCUGCAUUUGGAUGCUACAAAUGUUGAACAUAGUAUAUGGCAAGAAUUAGCUAUGUGUUUUCUUAAACUUACCCAGCAGGAAGAAGAUUGCCUCUCUGUGUGCCUGAAUGGAGGAGAAUCUGGGCCCCAACAACGUUAUUCAGAUCGUAUGAUUGUUAUCCCGAAGAUCUUUACUGUGGGGAACUCGGGAAAAGCUUGGAGGUUUCGCUGCAGGUGGUGGAUAAGACGUUACUUCAGCGGUAGUAUCCUCAAGUCUGACAUUGCAACUGGUGAUCGGCAGCUUCUGACAAACAAGGCAGCAUGUGCUGCACACAUGUAUGGGCAACAAUUUGAAUAUGUCUCAAGGACUUCUGAUGUUCUAGAUCAGAAAGAGGACAGGGAAGUGUCCUUGUUCUUGCAGCAGCACAAGCAAAAUUCUCUUGGACUUCACUUGUACUUUCAACAAAAUCCUAAAGCAAGGUAGAAGCUUGACUCACCAAGUGAUGAAAUCCAGCCCUUGCGCCUGCACGAAGGGAGCUAAAGAGAGAAGACAAAUUCCCAAAGUAAUAUUUAAUUAGGUGAAAGGGACCAUAAUCCUGAUAUCAGGAUCUGAAGUGGUCUGUGAAGCCUGCAAAUUUUCCAGGGACUCAAACUGAAGAAAAGAAUCGAUUAUAUGCGCGAGGUACCUUCUAACUAAAUUGCAUUUCUAUAGCAACAGAUGAACAGACCCUUCUUGCUUAAUGGAGCUGCUCAUCACCUGCUUAGCAGUCGGGAUUUUGGGUACGAUGAGGAGAAAUACCACAGUUUCGGUCUGUCCUUGAUCUCUACAGAGUGACAUAGGGGAGAUUAUGUAUAUGAACACUGUUCAGUAAAAUUUGAAUUAUCAAAGUAUGCACUUAUGCUUGAUCUUUUUGUCUCGAUAGAGCAAUGACUGCAAAAAGGUUCUUUUCGCUC